AUGCCGGCCCCAUCACUAUUUCACCUGGCCUUGGCCACAGCUAUUCGCUUUGUGAAGGACAUGGACGAUCUAGGUGCUAUGCCAUACAUGCUUGCGCGCCCCAUCUUGCAGAAUGUCCACAAUCCUGAGAAGCUGCAUGCCCUCGAGGUCGCAUCCCCGCAUUUCACCAAAGAAGACGGAGAGCUAUGGUUAGAAUUCAUCAAGCGUGACAUUCCUGACUGGGAAAGUUACCAGCUCCCAGAAAAGACUGAUAACUGGUAUGGGGUGUACUGUGAUCUCUGCGAUCAAGUCCAACGUGCUCUCGAUGCCGAUGCGGAGAAAAUGAAGAUAGCGAUUGAAGGGAUCAGUGCCAAGCGUGCACUUCUUACCCCCAAGAUCAUCCCUGAAAGCCGAAGCUCACGCAUGGCUGGGGCCCGACCCAGUGCUAAACAACGCCAAGCUUCAUUUGCCCGCAGAAUGGGCGGUAUCAAAGCCCCUUAUGAACCAUCAAGGUCGGAGCCUACGCCAAGGAAGAAGCUUAACAUAUUCCACCCACCAAAAAUCAACCCUGCUCUCACGAUGCCUACCAAAUCUCUCAACAACCGUGCUUCACAGAUCAAGCGCGCACCCAUUGGCCUUAUCGAAGAGCAUCAACACAGGCGCCCUAACCCAGCCGAGAAGCCAGCACCUCUGCCUCCAAAGACACAGGCUCUCCCCCACGCAUCAGCAGACUCCCAGCACCCUAUGCUAGCACAAGUUGGGCCUAGGCCGCGCCCUCCGAUCUCUAGGACCACUAUCGUAUCUCGCACUGUGUCUAGUGUCAGUGGCUCUGGCGAUGCGCCUGGCGCAAAGAAGCCAGCAGAUGUAGCCAUCAAACCUGGAGUUAAGAGUGGUGUCAAUUCCCAACCAAUUCCUCCUCGUGAUGCCGCAAAGGCAUCCUCUUCUUCGCUCCCCGCCCCUCCCACUUCUUCUGAGCCCUCCUCUCGCCCGCCGUCCUCCGGGCCUCCUCCCCCACGCCAAGGCAUCAUUCGCCGGCGCCCUGCGCCGAGCAUUUUCAUGCCAGCGAAGCGCCGCCGUGUCUCGUGA